AAGCCUUGGUUCUAGUGCAGUUAGUUGUGCAAGAAGAGCAGCUUUUCCUGAAACAAAUUGUGAAGAAUGACUUGAUUUUUCUCUUAUUUUCUCCUCAAAAAACACAAUGUUAUCAGAACUAUACGAGCUGGACGCUUCCAAUGGAUGGGUUCCUCAUUUCCAAAAAAUAAACUGGAUGGCCAAGGAAAAUGCGAGUCCUCAGAAGAUAGCAAAAGCAYCGGAAAACCGCCUCUUUAACAGAUAUCGAGACGUCUUGCCUUACGACCAUAGCAGAGUAGUGCUGAAGGARGGAGAGACAGACUACAUUAAUGCUAAUCUCGUCGAAGUACCAUCAGUGAAUGAGAGAUAUAUCCUGACCCAAGGACCUCUGAAGAAUACAUCAUUACAUUUUUGGCAGAUGGUGUGGGAGCAAAAUUCACAGGCCAUUAUUAUGCUCAAUAGAGUCAUAGAAAAAAACCAGAUCAAAUGCCAUCAAUAUUGGCCUUGUGGAGAGAAAGUUGGCCACACGAACGUACUGGAAUUUGGAUGCUUUCGAAUCACUUAUAUUGAAGAAACCAUGAGUGAAUUCUUUACUGUUAGGACCUUAGAGAUUUUCAAUAUGAAGGAAGAAGAAAAACGCARUAUUUUCCAUUUCCAUUAUCUUCACUGGCCAGACUUUGGAGUGCCUUCAUCGCCAGCUUCAUUUUUGUCCUUUUUAUUUGAAGUCCGAAAUGCAGGGGUUCUGUCUUCUGAUGUUGGGCCUUCUAUUAUUCACUGUAGUGCUGGAAUUGGCAGGUCAGGGACGUUUAUCAUGGUAGACUCAAUACUAAAGGAGGUUGAACAGACCCGAGAUCUCAAUGCUAUUGAUGUAAAGACGGCUGUGUUAAAGAUUCGUCGUUAUAGAGUAGGACUAAUCCAAACCCCUGAUCAGCUACGCUUUACAUAUGCCGCGAUCCUUGAAGGCACACGCCUGCUUAUGCCACAAUUAUAUGAAGAGGCACUUGAAAAGUUUUCAAAUGAAAGAGCACAUGAGGAGGAAGAGGAGGAGGUUUCAGAAGAGGAUGAAGUCCCACCCACCGUACCAGUACGUAAGAGACAGGAAUUAGAUCAAACUGUUGAUAAGGAGGCAAACAUUGCAGCCAAAAGAAAAAGAAGUUUACCUGAUAUCCCAACAGAGAGCACAUCAGCUGCUGCAGAAACACCUAAAGAAACCUCUGCAGCUGCAACCGCUGACAUCAGCAAAGGUGUUCCUUCUUAUCAAGGUUUUCAAGCAGAUAAUAUUUCAUCUGAUGAAAGUGAUGGCGAAGAUGAAAUCAUUGAUCUCUCUGAGUCAUCGACAUCAUCAUCAUCACUGGCAGGUGAAGAAUCAGAGGAAGACAGAGAGAGGCUAUAUAGUAAGGAGGACCUCACUCAUGAACAAGAUGAUCAGAGGUAUUCCAAAGCAAGUGGAGAAMAAGACCAAGAGGAUGAGGAGGGCAGCAUUGAAACAGAAGUUAGUCAUAAAACUGAAGAAGAGGAMAUUAAAAUGGAAGAAAAUGAAGAACUGCAGGCCGAGGUUGAAGUUCAGGAAGACUUCACAAAAAUAAAACCAGAAGUAUCUCAAGAAGGGAAAACAUUUCCCAUAGAAAAAGAAUAUAAAAUAACUCCUGAGACAACUAUUCCAAGAAAAGAGAUGGACAGUUGGAUGGUUGAAAGAGAAGAAAUGCAAGGCAAGAUUGAAGAUAAAAAAGAGUUUGCAACAAAAACGGAAGAAACAGCAAAUACAG